AUGAAGUCUCAGGAGGCGCUCAAUGCGUUUGUUUCCGGGCCUAUCAAAAAAUCGAAAUUCGUUAAGGAGAAAGAGGCCGCCGAAGCCAAGAAGCGCGAGGAAGAGGAACUCGCUUCGAAGGCCUACGAGGACUUUGUAGCGGCAUUCGACGGGAACGAUCGAGGUAGCGGACGAGGUCGUGGUGUCGGGUCGUCAAACUCUCAUGGAAGAUCAACCCAAGGCCCAGCAUUUGUCAAGCCUGGUGGAGCGCCCCGGACAGUGGUCAAGCUAGACUCCCCCGUCGAAGAAUCCCCGCCUCCUCUGAGAGCUUCGUUUGCCCCCCACCCUUCGACCGAAACUCCUAUCCUCCCACCCAACAACCACCCUCCCUCUAAUCCCACAGUUCCUACCACAUCGAAGAAAUUGAAAGCUGGAGAAAGCUUUUUGGAAGAAUUGAAAAGGAAAGAUGCUGAACGUGAAGGCCGAUUGGCGGCGAAAGCAAGCAAGGACCCUCGAGGCAUGAGUAUAACUGCUCUAGCCGCCUUGGAGACUGCUCCUCAUCUCUCGGGGGGAUCAAGGGAUACCGGCGACCCACUGACAACUAACGUACACGUUGGCAAUCUACCCGGCACGAUAUGCGAACAAUCCUUGGGAGCCUUUUGUGUCAAAUGGGGUCCGAUCGCCUCACUCAAAAUUAUGUGGCCCAGAAGUGGUAGCGAUAAUAUUGGUGGGGCUGGAUACGGAAUGGUUGCCAUGAGGCAAAGCAAGUCUGGCGGCUUGAAUGGUUUUAUCUCUUAUAUGCGGCGAUCUGAUGCGGAACGAGCGUGUAGGGAGCUUGACGGUUUUGAUUGGGGGGGUCAUAUACUUCGAACCGGUUGGGGAAAGGCUAUGCCCAUGCCCCCAGGCCACAAGCCCCAAUUCGAGCUACCUAGGGAUGCCCGAACAACUUCCCGUUCACCUUCACCUAGAAGACGUCGAUAUGGGCGCUCCCCAGGUUAUAGAAAAAGAAGAUCGCGCAGCGUGUCUUGCGAUUCGCGUGACAACCGUCGGUCUAGAUCUCGAUCUCGAUCCCGAUCGCGCUCUCGGUCGCGUUCGAGACACGGUGGCGAUCGAGGACGUUCCAAACGAAUGAGAUCCCGAUAUAGCUCGGUGUCUAGAUCGCGCUCGAGGUCACGGUCGUACGAUCGUUCGAGAAGAUCAUCUAGGAGUUAUUCCUCAAAUUACUCCAGGUCUAGAUCCCCUUCUCGAGACCGUCGAGAUUGGCCCAAGCUUCAAGAGGACGAAGAAAAGUUCAUCCGCACCGUUGCCAAAAAGGUCCUGGAACAUGGGGAACGUUUCGAAAGAACCUUAAGAGAAAGGGAGCGGACAAACCCAAAGUUCAAAUUCUUGAUUGAAGCUGAUACCGCGGCUUAUCAUUUCUUUCGAAUGCUGGUUGAUCGGCAUUAUCGGCCCCCUUCCCCACCCCCUCCCCCAUUUGCUGACGACGGAUACGCUUCUAUUUAUUCUACUGACUCUGCCGAAGAGUCUGAGAACGAGCGGCUUGCGAAGGGCAAAUUGGGCAAACAUAGCCGUCGACGGUUCCAAGCGAUGCUUCGGAGCUUGACCCCUCAAAGAGAAAAGAUUGCAAGAUGCAUGGCUUUCGCUUUACAUCACGCGGAUGCUGCCGAAGAGGUCGCUGAAAUCUUAGUCCAGUCAUUGACUAUUGACAUGACUCCAGUACCCAGGAAGCUUGCCCGACUCUACGUGAUCUCGGAUAUUUUACACAACAGUUCAAAUUCUUUGCCUAAUGCAUGGAAGUACCGUCAAAUUUUAGAGAAGCUUUUACCAGAUGUUUUUGAUCACCUCAACCUGAUCUAUCGCUCGUUUCCGGGUCGAAUCAAAGCCGAGAAUUUCAAGAAGCAGAUAUGUGUGAUUGUCAACGUGUGGAAUUCGUUCAUGGUCUUCGGUCAAAAUUCGAUAGAUGAUUUUAAUGAAAGACUCAUCAAGGUGGAUAUUGACGAUGAAGAGGUCCAGCAGGCUAUCGAUGGUGAAGAUGUCGGUAUUCCUCUGCCGGAGGGUGAGGACAUUGAUGGAGUAGCUGCAGAUGAAAGUUUCUUGUUUCCGACAGAGGAACCACCAGCGGAGGAUGGCCAACAACUCCCUGCACAGCAAGCCCAUCCUAAACCCGCUCGCUCUUCAGGCUUUGCUAAGGCCUUCAAACCAGCAGUCAUGGAGCCCAGUCAAACAUCUGGUGACCAGUCAUCCGAAUCAGGUGUGAAGUUGGCCGGUGCCAUCAAACUUGCCUGA